AUGGGAAAGGAAAUAGACAUUAUAGAGAUAUUUGGAUUGUCAAGGAAGGAAGUGGUCGUGUCUGAGCAUCCAUGCGCAUAUCGACGCAAGGUGUCCAAAGCCGGAAAGAUAUAUAUAACAACCAAUCAUCUAUGUUUCUACAGUCUGAUAUUCAACUCUGAGAUAAAGGAAUGCACACCAUUCAAAGACAUCAAAGGCAUCAAGAAAGUGUCAUCACUAAUAAUUGGUAGUUCAAUCGAGAUCACAACAGAGGACUUCAAAUAUGUGUUUGGACUUUUUGAGAAUGCAGAUACGGCAUAUUGGGAAAUGAUGAGACAGAUGAAGUACGCUCAGAUGAUAAACAUACAUAAUAAUAAGGUGGCACCAAUCACACAGACGAUCAAACAACAUCCAGUGGCUGUUGAUGAAGCCUCUUCGAGGGUCAAUGGAGGUGGAGCAAGUUCAGCAGGCGGCCGUGUUAGAUUCACGUCUGUCAGCGUGGUCGAGAGGAAGGAAGACACCAACAAUAUCAUUGGCACCACAUUAACAAACAACAACAAUGCCAACAACAGGUCCACAUUGGUCAGGUCUCGUAGCGGGUCGGUUCCAUCAUAUGCUGUGACCAAGAAGAAGCCACAGCAACAGAUGGAAAAGGGCAGCCCACUCGACCACUUGGUGUCGCCACCAAAGAAACACCCAAUCACAUCGGCUUGGGAGACAGAGGAGGAGGCCGACGAAGCAUCAAGCAGCUCGCCACCUCGUCCAUAUGGUGGAGGACCAAGCAUCAACGCCUUGGCAGAGGCUUCAUCGCCAAUCUCCAAGUCAAUCGCAACAACAACUUCAUCUUCAUCACCAUCUGCAGUGGUCAUCAUUGAACCAAAGCAGCCGCCUGCCCCGGCCAACACCACAACCACGAUGCCCUCCAAGUCAGUGCGACGAUCAAUAAUGGUAUCCAAGGACUCCGCCGAGCAAUAUGCUGGCUCGGACAGUAGUGGCGCCGCCACCGUCUCGUCGCCACCUAGGGACACAAACACCACCACAAGCAGUCGUGAUCGCUCAAACACAUUGUUUGGUCUGAGGAAGGGCCGCACCAAGAAGUUGGCAUCAGACGCCAAGAACAAGGAGUCAAUCGACAAGCUCAACUCAAUGUUAAGCUCGCGCAAGAGCAAGGAGAACUUGGCCAACAACUACUUGCGCGAGGAUGUGUUUGGCGUGCCACUUGGAUUGCUGCGCGUCGACGACAAGUUUUCGGCCUGCCCCAUGUUUGCCCUGCGUCUGUUCCAACAUCUCGAGGAGUUUGUGGCCACUGAUCGCCUGGCCGUCAACAGCAUCUACCUCAGUCUUUUUGAGUGUGAUGAGACAUUGCUCAAGAGUCUCACUCAAUCAAUCAAUCGUGCGGCCACGGACCCGAGUGGCGAUGAGGAUGUUGGCGCGACGCCCGUAGGCAUCCUCGCGCGACAGAUUAAGCGUGGACGUGAGGAUGUGUACAAGGAGCUGGGCACGCCUCCACACGUGGUGGGCGAGCUCUUCAAACACUUCCUCAGCUCGCUGCCACAGGCGCUGAUGCCCGAGGAGCUGGUGCUCUGCGACGACGUGGACAACCAUCAGUACAAGUUGAGCAUGAUCCGCUCGCUGAUCUUCUCGCAGCACCUGGCUCACUGGUCAUUGUUCAAAGCGAUGGUCUAUCACUUUGUCAAGGUGGCCCAGCAUCAGCAUGUGGCCAGCCCAGAUGUCUCACCCGCAUCAUCGUCCACCGUGCUCGCGCACCUCUCUUCUGUGUUUGGUCCAUUGAUCGUUGGAAUUGUGCCAUCGUUUGCCACGGACCAGAGUGUUAGACGGAUCACACGAGUGCUCCAAUUCAUCCUGGAGCAUCACGACGCUAUACUUGCCGACUACGUGGCCGACACGCAAUACGUCGUCAAGAAGGGUCGCCAGGUGCUGCGGGCCGCCCCGCUCAGCGUCGUCCUUGUCAAGCUAUCGGAUAUCUACUAUCGCGACGACACACUACUCGACACAUUCAAUCUGACGCAUGAUGACUACUUCAUGCCCACGACAGACUAUGCACAACAUCUUUUCUCAAUCUAUUUGGAGCAGCACAGCAGCGCAGGUCGCACGGCGGCCUGGCGACUACGUCUACGCGAGCGUGUACUUUUCCUUCUGCGAACAUUGGUCGAGUCCAAGCCAACUGAAUACUGGACCUCCCCAACAGGAUCCAAUCUUCAAAAGGCAAUACUAGGCUUCACAAACAAUCUUCGUUGCAAUGCAUCGUUCGAAGAGAACAAGUUGGUCAUCUCACUGGAGGACUUUGUCAGGCGAGUGGACCAGCAUCCAGCCGUUCCCUCAGACAGCAGCCCUCCAGCCGCGACCAGUCCACCAACCACACCCACACGACCAGUGGCAUCGCCCUCACGCAAGGCCAAGAACGACUUUAUCCUCGCGGCCACUCGCACAAUGCCCAUGCGCAGGUUCAACAUGAUCGAUUCUGAUCGCGAAGAGCUGGCCAUUCAGAUGACAUUGAUGGACGAGCGAGUGUUCCGCGCGCUCUCCAUCUUUGACCUGCUCAAGAACCGCUUCGCCAAGCCUGAGCAGUCGCCCACGUUCCAGGCCAUGGUGGCAAGCUUCAAUCGAUGGAGCUCGUGGGUGGGCUCGGAGAUUCUGUCCGCUGUGACAGCAAGCCAGCGAGCACAGGUCAUCGAGACAUUCAUUGAGGUGGCCAGCAACCUGUUGGAGCUUAAGAACUUCCAUGCCGGAUACGCACUGACGAUGGGUCUGCAACACUAUGCCAUCAAGCGUCUGGCUCAGAGCUGGGACCGCGUGUCAAAGAAGUCGAUGCAGGUGUUUGCCACGCUGCAGGCGGUGUUCUCCACCGACUCCAAUCACAAGGCUUAUCGUGAUCGUCUACACAUCACCAAGCCGCCACUCGUACCAUACAUUGGAAUAUACAGCAAGGACUUGUUUGUGGUUGGCGAUGCAUCACAAACAUUGUUGGACGAGAGUGCACAGAUACUGAAUCUGGAGAAGCUGAGGUCUAUUCAAUCAAUAGUCAGCGCAUCCAAUGGAUAUAGACAGUUGGCCUACCCAAUGAAGCCCAAUGUCCAAAUGCAGGCAAAGAUCACAGAUAGACCGAUACUCAAUGACGAUGAGAUGUAUGACAAAUCACUCUUGCUUGAGCCAAAGCAACAACAGCAGCAACAACAGCCACAGCAAUAA